AUGACUGCAAUUUUUGAAUUCGUUCAUCUAGACAAUACCCCCGCAAAGUCCACAACGCUUCGACGCAAUGCAAUCGCAGCAAGCGACGAAUUGACAAGAGAAGUCAGAACGGUCUGUGAUGAUAUGAAAGCGUCGUCUCCUGUGCAACGCUUUGACUUCCGCAGACAGCAACACGAGAAGCGUGACCCUCUGCCAGAUCAUGGAGCGAGGGUUAUCCAGCGGCUCUUUGAUAAUGGGGCAAAGGUCAAAGAGGUCGUUUCUUUGUUGGUGAUCCUCGCUGUCGAUCUCGUCGUACUCAGCACCUUUGCUAUAAUCGAUCUCUUCCUUUCCGAACCCUACCACUCCACACACUGGCCAGACAUCCAGAAGCUAGCUAAAGACACAACACCAGCAAACUCUGAAGUACUACGCGCAUACGUUCUCGAAGCUCUCCGUCUUAUUACACCUGCGACCGGCUUCCUCCGCAUUCCAAACACAUUUCUCACCACCAGUGAUUGGCGCCACACGGAGGGUAUCUCGAAGGGUGACGACCUCAUCCUAGACAUAGCAACUGCAUCCUGA